GAAGACCCGAGAGUCGCAAGCUCCGCAAGAUGGCGACGGCGGCCGCAUCCUCGGCGUCCGAGCCGGAGGUUGAGCCCCAGGCCGGGCCCGAGGCCGAGGGAGAGGAGGAUGAGGCGAAGGCAGCCAGUGUGGGGAGGAAGGUGCCGUCCCGCGCUGUGGCCGCGGACGCGGCCAAGACCAAGGGCCCAGGGUGGGAGCUGCAUCAGGAAGGCGUGAGCGAGAGCGACGGGGAUGAGGAGGACGCCAUGGCUUCCUCCGCUGAGAGCUCCCCCGGGGAGGACGAAUGGGAGUACGACGAGGAGGAGGAGAAGAACCAGCUGGAGAUCGAGCGGCUGGAGGAGCAGCUGUCCAUCAAUGCCUAUGACUACAACUGCCACGUGGAGCUGAUCAGGCUGCUGCGGCUGGAGGGAGAGCUCAACAAAGUGAGGAUGGCCCGCCAGAAGAUGAGUGAGAUCUUCCCCUUGACUGAAGAGCUCUGGCUGGAGUGGCUGCACGAUGACAUCAGCAUGGCCAUGGACGGCCUGGACCGCGAGCACGUGUAUGAGCUCUUCGAGAGAGCCGUGACGGACUACAUCUGUCCCAACAUUUGGCUAGAGUACGGCCAGUACUCAGUUGGUGGCAUUGGUCAGAAAGGCGGCCUUGAGAAGGUUCGCUCAGUGUUUGAAAGAGCCCUGUCAUCUGUUGGCUUACACAUGACAAAAGGCCUGGCCAUCUGGGAGGCGUACCGAGAGUUUGAAAGUGCCAUCGUGGAAGCUGCUCGGCUGGAGAAAGUGCACAGCCUCUUCCGGCGGCAGCUGGCCAUCCCACUGUACGAUAUGGAGGCCACCUUCGCAGAGUAUGAAGAGUGGUCGGAAGAACCCAUACCUGAGUCCGUACUUCAGAGCUACCAGAGAGCGCUGGAGCAGCUGGAAAAGUACAAGCCCUACGAGGAAGCGCUGCUGCAAGCAGAGGCCCCAAGGCUGGCAGAAUACCAAGCGUACAUCGAUUUUGAGAUGAAAAUUGGGGAUCCUGCGCGUAUUCAGUUGAUCUUUGAGCGUGCCCUGGUGGAGAACUGCCUGGUUCCAGACUUAUGGAUCCGCUACAGUCAGUACCUAGAUCGACAGCUGAAAGUAAAGGAUUUGGUUUUAUCUGUACACAGCCGUGCUGUGAGGAACUGCCCGUGGACAGUUGCCCUGUGGAGUCGGUACCUUUUGGCCAUGGAGAGACAUGGAGUGGACCAUCAAAUGAUUUCCGCGACCUUCGAGAGUGCUCUGAGUGCUGGCUUUAUCCAGGCCACUGACUAUGUGGAAAUCUGGCAGGUGUACCUAGACUACCUGAGGAGAAGGGUUGACUUCAGACAAGACUCUAGCAAGGAGCUGGAAGAGCUGCGGUCUAUGUUCACUCGUGCUCUGGAGUAUCUGCAGCAGGAGGUUGAGGAGCGUUUCAGCGAGAGUGGAGAUCCAAGUUGCAUGAUCAUGCAGAGCUGGGCUCGGGUCGAGGCUCGCCUUUGCAAUAACAUGCAGAAAGCUCGAGAGCUCUGGGACAGUAUCAUGACCAGGGGGAAUGCCAAGUAUGCCAACAUGUGGCUGGAGUAUUACAACCUGGAAAGGGCACAUGGUGACACACAGCACUGUCGGAAGGCUCUGCACCGAGCUGUCCAGUGCACAAGUGACUAUCCCGAGCAUGUCUGUGAAGUGUUGCUCACCAUGGAGAGGACAGAAGGAACCUUGGAGGAUUGGGAUGUGGCCAUUCAGAAAACAGAAACUCGCUUGGCUCGUGUGAAUGAGCAAAGAAUGAAGGCUGCAGAGAAGGAAGCAGCUCUGGUACAGCAGGAAGAAGAAAGGGCCGAGCAGCGGAAGAAGGUGCGUGCUGAGAAGAAAGCCCUGAAAAAGAAGAAAAAGACCCGAGGUGCAGAUAAACGCAAGGCAGAUGAGGAGGAUGAGAAAGAAUGGGACGAAGAGGCGGAAGAGCAGCCCUCCAAACGCAGAAAGCUGGAGAACAGUUUGGCUUCUGGAGUGUCUUCGGCUGUGGAGGAAGAAACAGAGCUUUCUGGGGAAUGUGUAACGAUAGACGUUGGUCCUCCUUCCAAGCAGAAAGAGAAGGCAGCGUCCCUCAAGAGGGACAUGCCCAAGGUGGCUCACGACAGCAGUAAGGACAGUGUCACCGUCUUCGUCAGCAACCUGCCCUACAGCAUAGAAGAGCCUGAGGCGAAGCUCAGACCACUCUUCGAGGCCUGUGGGGAGGUGGUCCAGAUCAGGCCAAUCUUCAGCAAUCGUGGGGACUUCCGGGGCUACUGCUACGUGGAGUUCAAAGAGGAGAAGUCAGCCCAGCAGGCCCUGCAGCUGGACAGGAAGACUGUGGAAGGAAGGCCAAUGUUCGUGUCACCCUGUGUGGAUAAGAGCAAAAACCCUGAUUUUAAGGUGUUCAGAUACAGCACCACCCUGGAGAAACACAAACUCUUCAUCUCGGGCCUGCCCUUCUCCUGCACCAAAGAGGAACUUGAAGACAUCUGUAAGGCUCAUGGCACUGUGAAGGACCUCAGGCUGGUGACCAAUAGGGCUGGCAAACCAAAGGGCCUGGCCUAUGUGGAAUAUGAAAACGAGUCCCAGGCAUCACAAGCAGUGAUGAAGAUGGAUGGCAUGACCAUCAAAGAGAAUGUCAUUAAGGUGGCAAUCAGCAAUCCCCCUCAGCGGAAAGUUCCAGAGAAGCCAGAAGGGCGGCCAGGACCAGGAGCCCCCAUGGUGCCCCGGCAGAUGUAUGGAGCGCGCGGGAAGGGAAGGACCCAGCUCUCUCUUCUUCCUCGAGCUCUGCAGCGCCAGAGUGCUGCUCCUCAGGCUGAGAACGGCCCCGCUGGGCCGGCAGUCACCACCUCCGUGGCCACCGAGGUUCCUAAGAUGUCCAAUGCCGAUUUUGCGAAGUUGCUUCUGAGAAAGUGAGCAGGACUCUGCAAGAUGGGAAAUGCCUUACUUACUCCUUCAUGCUGGCCAGGCAGCCACUGUGGGCCCUGGAGGCAGAAGGGCUGAACACUUGCCUGGGCUCCCACAGAUUCUCCUCUGCUAUAGAUGGGAAGGGAAAGCCUACACUGAGCAUGGCGGUGAGGAGUGUUCCCUCACAUUGAGGGCGGAGGCCAGUUGCUCUGCAGGCUGUCCCGAGGUACUUUAGUGUCCUAACAAGGAGGGACCUGGUUUUGGGCCCACUUGUCCUGAUACUUCCACCACCUCUGGCCCUUUUUCUACGAACCCCUGCCCCAGCCCUACACAGCACGCGUGCCCAUCACUCUUGAAGUCUAAAGGAUGAAAUGGAAGAUGCCCAUCACUCAUCAGAGUGGCCAGUGGAGUGAAGUGCAGGUGGGGUAUCACAGAGAUCACAUCUGAUGGGUUUUGUCCAAAGAGGCUGUGAGUUUUUUAUUAUGUGUUUGUAAUUGACACCUUGACUAUUUUAUGUUUCCUAAAAGCAGAAUGUCUGUGACAUUUGUUCACAUAGGAAUUGUGUGUGCCACCUGCUGUGGACCAUGUUCUUUCCCUGAUGGCUGGAGACCUGUGUCCUCUGCAAACACUUGUGUCUAAAUGCCAUGUCUAGUGCAAAGUUGAGUUCCCCUGUUUAGCUUUAUUAAACUGCAGUUCUCUUAGAGAGAAGCCUUGCGAA